AACGAUUACAACAACUCCAAGGCCAAAUGGGGAGCAUUAGCAACGGAAGCGUGGCCACGUCGUUCACCAGCGAUGUGUGCCCUCAAGCUCCAGAAGACCCGCUCUUUGGACUGAUGGCCGCCUACCGCAGAGACACUGAUCCAAAGAAAGUCGACUUGGGCAUUGGAGCGUACAGAGACGACAACGCAAAGCCGUGGGUGUUGCCAGUUGUCAAGAAGGCCGACGAGAUCCUUCGCAAUGACCCAGACCUCAACCACGAGUACCUCCCAAUCGCUGGUCUCGCCGACUUCACAUCCGCCUCACAGAAGCUCAUCCUUGGCAAGAGCUCUCCUGCUAUUGCUGAGAAGCGGGCAGUCUCGUUCCAGACCAUCUCAGGCACUGGUGCAGUCCAUCUUGGUGGUCUCUUCCUUGCCAAGUUCUACCACCCUUCGAACAGUGAAGCGAAGGCAGUGUACGUUAGCAACCCAACAUGGGCAAAUCACAACCAGAUCUUUGGCAACGUGGGCCUCCAAGUAAAGACAUAUCCAUACUUUGACAAGAAGACCAAAGGUCUCGACUUCGAUGGCAUGAUCAGCGAGCUUAAGAAGGCUCCUGAGGGCGCCAUCAUCCUGCUUCACGCAUGCGCACACAAUCCCACCGGAGUUGACCCAACACAAGAACAAUGGAAGCAGAUUGCGGAGGUGAUGAAGGCGAAACACCAGUUCCCAUUCUUCGACACGGCAUACCAAGGAUUCGCCUCAGGAUCGCUCGCAAAGGAUGGUUGGGCAAUCAACUACUUCGUCGAGCAAGGAUUUGAGCUUCUCAUCGCCCAAUCAUAUGCCAAGAACUUCGGUCUCUACGGCGAGCGUGCAGGCUGUUUCCACUUCAUCACUGCUCCCGGCCAGCACGCCAACGAGACGGUGGCACGCGUCGGCAGCCAGCUGGCCAUUCUCCAGCGAUCCGAAAUCUCCAACCCACCUGCUUACGGCGCUCGCAUUGCCUCACUCGUACUCAACGACGACAAACUCUUCGCGCAGUGGGAAGAGGAUCUGCGCACCAUGUCUGGUCGCAUCAUUGAGAUGCGCAAAGCUCUCCAUUCCAAGCUCAAUGAGAUGGGCACUCCCGGGACUUGGAAUCACAUCAUCGAUCAGAUCGGUAUGUUCUCUUUCACUGGCUUGAACGAGCAGCAGGUGGCCAAGCUGCGCGAGCAAUUCCACAUCUACAUGACCAAGAACGGCCGUAUCAGCAUGGCUGGUCUCAACACCAAGAACAUUGACUAUUUUGCCAAGUCAGUCGACAGCGUGGUGCGGGAGACUUCAUAGAAAGAACGGCUCUGGAAGAACUUGACUUGAAUGACAUGAGAGGAUGAAUGAGGAAAAGAAAAAUCGACAGCGGCUCAACGCCAUUGGGGCGGAGGGCUGCAUGAUACAGCUACGUGUAUAUGUGUAAAAACUCAGCAUGGGAAUGGUGUGAAGCCUGGCGCUCAUCGACUCAGUAGAAGCUGACCGACCGAAAGAGCAAUGCAAUGCAAUGCAAUUGUGGUAGGCUCACUCGUACCUCUGUCUACAAUUCUUCC